UCUGCAGCAUUUGGCCCCCUGCUGUGACUCAGAUGACAGCUGGGUGGAUGUCUCCUCUGGAGGAGCUGCAGUCUUUGAUGAAGACGCCCUCUUCCUCUGCUGCUGGAUCACUUCCUCUCCUCGCACGCCGCCGUCUGUGGCGUCACACGCAGCCUCUCAAUAAAGAUGUGCUUCGACAGGAAAUGACCUCCAUAACGACGGCUCCAUCUCUGCAGCUGAGGGUGAUGAAGAUGGCUCCUGCCUCCACCUUCAUGCUGGUGCUGCUGGGCCUCCUCUGCUCCUUCUCAGGUUCUUCAGAAUCCUGUGACGUGUUUGCAGCAGUAGGUGGAAUCGCCACGGUUCCUCUGCAGCACAAACUGCUGAAUAGGCUGAAGUGGAGCAAGGGCAACACAAUCAUCUUUCAAAGAAGAGGCAACACAAUGCUUACUGGGAAAGCAGAAGAUGUUUCUGCGAACGGAUCCCUCCUUCUGAAGAACGUGGGGAAAAAAGAUGAAGGAGUUUACAACCCAGAGGUUUUUGACAGUGAUGGAAAGACUGUAUCUUUGAAGAGCAUGCAGUUAUGUGUCAGAGAACCUAUGAAGAAAGCUGAGGUGAAUGUCACCUGUAAGGAGGGAAAAGUCACGUUUACCUGCAAUCCUGAUCCGAAAAACGCAGAUGAAAUGAAGUUUACAUGGUUGGAGAACAACAAGGUUCUGGAAAAGAAGAUCGACCGGAUUCUCCACAUGACGGCUGUAGACGUUCAAAACAAAAAGUUCUCCUGUAAAGUUUCUAACAAAGUCAGCGAGGUCACGAGUAAAGCUGUGGAACCCUGCAGUGAGUACCACCAAACUGGACCGGGCUCUGCAUUUUCCUGGUUUUUCGACUACAUCUGGUACUUUGUCGGGGGAGGAGCAGGGGUGGUUCUACUGCUGAUCAUCUGGAUCAUUGUUUGCUGCAUCUGCAACAGACGGAAACGCCGCAUGCGGAUAAUGGAUGAGAUGGAGCUCCGUCUAAACUACACAAACGCUGAGCACCAUCAGCAGCACCAUCAGCAGCAUCCUCCUCUUCCUCGUGAGCGCCAGCAGAACCAGCACCGCCAGCAGCCGGCCGGCCACACCGGACCUCGCCAGAACUGCUCCCGACACCAGCGGCAGAAAGCCUCCGACCCCUCCAACGGCCACCCGCAGCCCUCCCCCCGAAGAGCCGCCCAGGCACCAAAAGCAGCCAAUCAGGAGGACGGUGAGGUGCCCCCUCCCCUUCCCCAGCCCAGGAAGAAAGGACCCAGAACCCAGCAGCACUGAGACCGGGUUCUGUCGGGUUCUCCUUCAUUCUGCUGAUGUCAUCAAACUAUCAAGCUUCCUUCUGUGGCGGCAAAAGCAGCACAGCCGUCCUGAAGCGUAGAACCAUCAAACUCCUUCCCUCAGUUUUUAGAAAGGACCCAUGACCGUCCAGGACGUCUGCACCGCCUCAACCUGCAGACGUCCUGCUGCCAGGGAACGCCACUGCUCUGGGGUCCGCCCGCAGCCCGUGUCACGCCGCCGCCGCGUACGUUAGAGCACAGGUGAAAACCGGUCAGACGUGAACAUACGUGGAAAAAGUGAGAGAAGCUGUGGUCUUUGGGUGAAAUGUUCACAGAUGUUUCAUGAAUGAACCACCUUAAAACCACAGAAGAAGUACGAAUAAACACGCAAAGAACACGUCAACCAACGUAGAACAUGAACCGUGUGACUAAUGUUCCGUUUUUCUGUGAUUCAUCAGUGAUUCACGUGUCAAUUACGUCAUGUUAACAUGAACCUGUGUGCUGUGAUCUAAAGGUCAUACAUCGGUGGUUCAUGCGUGAAACGUCUGUUAGACAAACGUGGAACGGUCCUGGAAAGACACACAUCUGCAUCUCGCUAAAAUCACCAACAAGUGGGUCAGAUUUACCUGAUAAUUGAGCAUAAGCUACGUAAAAUAACUACACAAAAUACGCGUGCAUCAAGUGCAUCAAUUCUAACCCACCAAAAGUGUAGAACAGUUAAGAACCGAAUUCACGUGAAGAACCGUCGACUGGAACCGUCGAUGGACGUCUGAGAAACUGACGUUUGUCCAGCAUAAAUCACCAAAGGCCGACAUGUCACACGUGGAAAACGUACAGAACGUAAGCAGCGGCUGUGUGACACGGGCUUUUAUGUUGAUGCUGGAGGCUUUUAUUUUGAAAGGGACGCCCCGCCCUUUUGUUCCCCUGAAUUAACCUGUCUGUCAAACUAACGUUGAGGAUGGGACAGAGACGCUGCUGUCUUCCUGUCCUCUCAUGCUCAAACUGCGCCCUGAUGGGGGGAGGGUUUCCACGGGGGGGGGGGGGUACCGCAUCAGGUCAGUCCAACAUGACCACCGAAACAGGAAGUCAGAGUGGAGUAAAAGGCAGAGACUGAAGGCAGAGACAUGGACGGGUUCCUCCUGAAAGACCUUCUCGGAGUUCACAGAGUUCUAAAGACGGUUCUACAGAAGCACAGUGAGGAACCAGCAGCAGAACCUCUGUCUGCCCUCUACUGAUCUGCCUAGAACGCAGCAGAACCCUGCAGGUUCCAACGCCCCAACCCCUCACACACCGUCGUUCUCUGCAGGAAGGGCAGAGUGCAGUGUUAACCUCAGUGUAAACAGGAAGUUAUAUUUCUCUGAAUGUCAAACCUACGUGUCACUUCCUGUCAGCAGAAAAACCAUCUCAGCCUUCCGAGGUUCUGCAGCAGGCGUUUGCACCGUUCCUGCCUGAAGAACGCAGACGUCUGCACCUUUACCCAACGCAUCAAAGGGAAACAGCUGUCAAUCAAACUACACUUUUGCUUAUGCUUUUAUUUAUAUAAGUGUGUUUUAUUUUGAAGGACAAACUUCUGAACGUUCCUCUGCUAGAUUUCAGUCGUAGAUGUCAGCGUCAUCGUUGCAUCAAAAAAGCUGAAUCCAGGGGGUUCUGAUGCGUUCAGGUGCUCAGAUUAGAAUCUGAAAUCCUAAUCCAGGGGGUUCUGCUGCGUUCAGGUCCUCUUAAACUCAUUCAUUCGUGUCUUUUGUUUCCCUGCAGAGGUUUUAUUUGUGACACAAACUCUCUGAUGCUUCAUCAAACUUCUACAGUUCAUCCUGAAUUUUGAGACGUUCAAACAGGAAAUGUUUGUAGUUUAUAGACCUUAAUAAAUGUGUGGAUGGAUCAUUUCCUCCACCAGCCUUUUUCAUCAUAGUGUGUGUGUGUGUGUGUGUGUGUGUGUGUGUGCUCACUAGCGCCCUCUGGUGUCUCCUCUUCUGCAGGAUAAUCCUCGUCACUACAGGAUUUCUGGUGGAUGUUUUUUCUGAGUGCAUUCAUUUUCUCUCAGAUUAGGAUUAUAAUCCCAAACAAUUAAUAAUAAUUACUAAAGGACAAAGUCUUAAAAGAGACUUUUCCCCCUGGUGUUCAUAUAAUCUGUUGCUUAGUUUUAAUGUUAUUCUUAAAUCAUUUUAAUGUUAUUGUUCUGCUUGAAGGUCAAAUAAAAUAAAGGUCAUGUUGGAACGUUUGGUUUCCAACCUGGAGAAC